UUCAACAAGCUCUCCUGCGAGGUUUUUGCGGUGCAUACAACAUAAUCUUUGCGCAGACCUAACUUUUAUUUUAUCUCACUUUCAUAAAGUGAGAAUUUGGUGUAUAUUAAUGAUUAUUUGCUAAGAUUCAUAGCCGAGUUUAGAAUAAUUAAAAAAGCAAAGUAGCUCCGCGCUUUCGGGAUAUAUCGCGCUACAUCGCGGGCAAGCUACCCUGGCUGAGACGUAGCCACUAGCUAAACUAGCUUCCUGCACAGCUGAAAGUCAGCAUCAUCGCCACUCCUCCCAGUAGGAAGGGCGCAUCCCGGAUAGCUAGCUGGCUAGCUGUACUCAGCAUAACGAUGGCAGUAAACCUCAGCAAAAAUGGCCCUGCAUUAACAGCUGCAUAUAAAGAAGUGGUAGAUGAAAAAUCCAACACCAACUGGGCCUUGUUCACCUAUGAGGGAAACAGUAACGAUAUCCGCCUGGCAGAAAAAGGGGAUGGAGGACUGGAGGAGUUGGUUGAGGAACUCAACAGUGGAAAAGUGAUGUAUGCUUUCUGCCAGGUCCAAGAUCCAAAUUCUGGCCUGCCUAAAUAUGUCCUCAUCAACUGGACUGGGGAAGGAGUGAAUGACGCCAGGAAAGGAAUAUGUGCAAAUCAUGUCAGCUCCAUGGCCAAUUUUCUUAAGGGAGCCCAUGUCACAGUAAACGCCAGAGCAGAGGAGGAUGUGGAGCCCGAGGUGAUCAUGCAAAAAGUGGCUAAAGCCUCAGGGGCCAACUACAGCUUCCACAAAGAAGCUUCCAGCCGCUUUCAGGACAGUGGUCCUCAGGGUCCUGUGGGCUCAGUGUACCAGAAGACCAACGCUAUGUCAGAAAUCAGAAAGACCAAUAAAGACACUUUCUGGGCACAGGCAGAGAAAGAAGAGGAGAAACGUCGGCAGGAGGAGCGGCGGAAGGCAGAGGAGGAGCGCCAGAAGCUGGAGAGAGAGAGGAAAGACAGAGAGGCCAAGGAGGCAGCGCUGAGGGACAAAAGGGACAAGGAGAGGGCCUCUCAAAUCGAGCAACAAAAGAAGUACCAGCAGCAGCAGGAAGCUGAGAGUAGAGAGCAGGAGAAACAACGUUGGGAGGAGCAGGAGGAGAACCCGGCAGCCCAGAGGAAAGCAGUCAGGAGAGGUGAAUCUGUGGAGAAGGCCAACGAGGCAGCUUCUCUCAUCUCUCAGCGUGCUGUGAAUCCCAGAGAGAUGUUUAAGCAAAGAGAGAGGGGAAUAACUCCCAGUGACUCAGACGUCCCCUCUGCUGCUCCUGCUAGCCCGCAGCCAGGGCGUCUGCAAAGCCCUUUUCUCUCUAAGCAAGAGUAUGAAUCUGAGCGAGCCAGCUCACCUCAGCGCCAAGCUUCGCCUGUUCCAGCAAGCUCCGCUUCCCCUGUCCGUGCCACAGAGCCUGAUGUGGAUGAUGGACAGUCCAGGUGUGAGUAUGAUGAGCAGGAGGCGGCGCCCCAGGAGCAGUGGAAAGAGCAGGCACCGGCUGCCAACUCCUGCGUCCAGGAGACGGCUUAUGAAGAGCCCGCUCAGGUGGAGGAGAAUAACUCGUAUGAGGUGACUGCUGAGGAGACCCCAGACAGAGGCAUCUGCGCCAGAGCCUUAUAUGACUACCAGGCUGCGGAUGACACAGAGAUCUCAUUCGAUCCCGACGAUAUCAUCACUGGGAUUGAGAUGAUAGACGAGGGCUGGUGGCGAGGCUAUGGUCCAGACGGCCAUUUUGGAAUGUUCCCGGCCAAUUACGUAGAGCUUAUCUAGCCCGGCGCACCCCCCCCCCCACACACAGAUCAUCACACUGGCACCCCCAGAGGACCUCUGCAGUAAAACUACACACAGCAAAGUCAGUCCUCGCACACAAGUGAUCAGUCUAAUCAGGCUGAAACAGAGCAAAUGAGCUUCCACAUCAUGGACCAAUGAACAGAUAGUAAUCGUGGGCCAGAAUCGUUUGAAAUCUCUCCUCAUUUCAAGAAAGUAAUUCCAUUAAAUUAUUGAUGUUGUAAGCAACUGAGGGCAUAGUGUAUGGAUUUUGUGAAGACCCAUAAGUCGACUCCCUCCCACUUCCCCGAAAAAACUAAACUUUACUUAUAAAUGUGAUGCAAUACAAUAUCAGCCUUUGUUAAGUCUUAAAUUCAGUAGAAAGCCUCAAUUUCACUUCUAGUUCACAUUCCUUACAAAGUGACUUCAGUUCUAUUUCAGGUAUUAUUUUGUUGUUACUCAUAGCAAGUGCUCCUGUACAUUUCAGGAAAAAAAAAAUCAAAUUACCAUAACGGUACCAGCUACAGUAUAAUCGUUUGCCUUGUUUUUGCCUUUCUUUACCGGCAGACUGGAUUCUCCUCUUCUUUUUACUUUUUUUUUUCUUUUCUUUUUUUUAAAUGUGAUUGAACUUACAUCCUGUGUGAAUUUCAAACCCUUUUAGUACUGAUCUGACUGUGGUUGAAGUGAAUAUUUAAAAAAAAAACAGACUGUUUGCUGUGCUCCAGGUGGUCGACUUGUAGUGGGGAAUGCAUAAAUGGUUAAGUUCCCUUUUAACUGUGAGUAUAUAACGGUUUGUUUUCAUUUCAGUCCCGUAUAUGGACCAAAUCAUUUCAAUAUAUUUAGCUUUUCAGGGACAAGCUGAAGAGAAGAAAACAUAAGUAAGCAUUAUUUUUCUUAGAUUGGAUCUAGCUGGUCUAAGUUGAGGUGUAUAACAGAUCAUAUGCGAUAUUAUGGUGCCAUAAUGAGGGGAAGUGAAUGCAUUGAUACCCUCCGAAAAGCGCUGGGUGACAUUGUAAUUGAACAUUUGAAAGCAGGUUAUGCAAGUUCACUGUGAUCUUGGAACAAAAUUUUUGCUCUUUUUAAAGCUUUUAAGUGAGUUGACGAAAGGAAAAAUAAUUGAUCAUGAAUAGAAAAGGGCAUCAUGUAUCCAUUGCAUUAUUCAUGUUUGGUUUUUUUUCAGAGUCUAUUAUAAUGCACAGGAAUUCUUCAUAAUAAAAUAAAUAAACAAGC